GAAAACGAUAAGAACAUCAUAUCUCCGGUUGGCUUCUCAUCCCUAUCACAGGACACGAAAGGUCUAUUGAUUGGCAAAAAUCUAUUCAAUUUGCAACAACUGUGCGGAACAAACGUGUUGUUGGACUUCAUAAUGUCUUUAUCGACAAUCAAACCGUUCAUACAGUUAGUUCACGCGACAGAAGAAGGCGCGCCCUUAAAGCUGCCGACCUCUGGACCGGACACCCAUAUACUGCACACUUGCAAAAUGAUCAUCAAGGACUACGACAUCAUUUGGCGCAUACUAUCGCUGCCAAUACUGGAACCGUUAACCGAAGAGCGUCUCUCGAAAGUGAUUACAAUAAUCCACGCGUGUCUCUACGUGUCGCUAACGCUCACCGCCUCCAACACACUG